AUGCCGGUGAUGCGGGGUCUGAUCGCGCCACAGAACACCUUCUUGGAUACCAUCGCCACUCGUUUCGAUGGGACCCACAGUAACUUUGUCCUGGGGAAUGCCCAGGUCCAGUCCCUCUAUCCCAUAGUCUACUGCUCUGAUGGCUUCUGUGAGCUGACCGGCUUCGCCCGUGGCGAGCUGAUGCAGAAGAGCUGCAUGUGUCACUUCCUGUAUGGCGGCGAGACCAGCGACCGCCUCACCUCCCAGAUGCAGAAAGCUCUGGAUGAACGUCGCGAGUUCAAAACUGAGAUCAUCCUGUACAAGAAGUGUGGCUCAAAGUUCUGGUGUCUGUUGGAUAUUGUGCCCAUAAAGAAUGAGAAGAGCGAGGUGGUUAUGUUCCUGGUCUCACAUAAGGACAUCACAGAAAAUAAGGACCAAGACCACAGCAAUGAAUCUGACGUAGAUGAGGAAACCGGUCUGGAGGUCCAUCAGGUCAGCCGCCCUCGAGGCUUCAACAUGGAGCGCCGCCGCAGCCGGGCAGUCCUCUACCAGCUGUCUGGACAUCUACAGAAACAGGACAAGACCAAGAGCAAGCUCAAGAUCAACACUAAUGUUCUCGGAGCCAAUGCUAACCCGGUCCCUGAGUACAAAGUGGCAGAUGUCCAGAAAUCCCGUUUCAUCCUUCUCCACUACGGUGCGUUCAAGGCCGGCUGGGAUUGGCUGAUCUUGUUAGCCACCUUCUACGUUGCCAUCACUGUACCCUAUAAUGUCUGCUUCACUGAGGUACGAGAGGACGGAGCCUCAGGAGCACGAAACCCUCCCAGCGUCAGCGAUAUCUUGGUGGAGAUAUUAUUUAUUAUAGAUAUUGUACUGAACUUUCGAACCACCUACGUGAGCACAUCUGGUCAGGUCGUGUAUGACUCCAGCUCCAUCUGCAUCCAUUACGUCACUUCCUGGCUGUUUGUGGAUCUCAUCGCAGCCUUACCCUUUGACCUGCUCUAUGCCUUCAAUAUCAGUGUGAACUUUGGGGUUCACCUGUUAAAGACGGUGCGCCUGCUGCGCCUCUUACGCCUCCUACAGAAGCUGGAUCGCUACUCCCAGUACAGUGCUGUGGUUCUCACCCUGCUCAUGUCCACCUUCGCCCUGCUGGCCCACUGGAUGGCUUGCGUCUGGUACUUCAUUGGACGUAGUGAGAUUGAAAGUAAUAGCCCUGUCUCCUGGGACGUAGGCUGGCUCCAUGAACUGGCCAAACGCUUGGGAACGCCAUACUUCCUGGCACCGCUGACCUCCCUGUUGGGUGUUUCGGAUUCACCUCAAGGCAGUGUGACAGCAGGACUGACCAAUUACAGCCAGUGGAACAGCUCAGGAUUGGAGCCCCUGAAUGCAGCGGGUUUGUUGGGCUCAGGUCAAUGGAACGGCAGCAGGACCAGAGCAAGGACGCCAAACGGCUCAGGGACGACACUGAGUGGUGGUCCAUCUGUCCGUAGCUCCUACGUGACUUCACUGUACUUCGCUCUGAGCAGUCUGACCAGUGUGGGCUUUGGAAAUGUUUCAGCCAACACGGACUCUGAGAAGAUCUUCUCCAUCUGCACCAUGCUAAUUGGAGCAUUAAUGCAUGCUGUGGUGUUUGGUAAUGUGACUGCCAUCAUCCAGCGUAUGUACUCACGACGUUCCCUCUACCACACCCGCACAAAGGAUCUGAAGGAUUUCAUCCGAGUGCACCGGCUACCGAAAGCCCUUGAGCAACGCAUGAUGGAGUGUUUCCAGACGACCUGGUCUGUCAACAAUGGUAUUGACGUCAGUGAACUGCUGAAGGACUUCCCAGAUGAGCUGAGGGCCGACAUUGCCAUGCACCUGAAUAAAGAGCUUCUGGAGCUGCCUCUUUUUGAAUCAGCCAGCAGAGGUUGUCUGCGCUCCCUCUCCCUCAUCAUCAAGACCUCCUUUUGUGCUCCGGGGGAGUUCCUUAUCCGCCAGGGUGACGCUCUCCAGGCCAUCUACUUUGUAUGCUGCGGCUCCAUGGAGGUGCUGAAGGACAACACUGUGCUAGCCAUUCUGGGUCGGGGUGACCUGAUUGGCUCUGACUAUCUGACACAAGAGGAAGUGAUUAAAACCAACGCCUGUGUUAAGGCCCUUACAUACUGUGACCUGCAGUACAUCAGCCUCAAAGGACUGCGUGAAGUGCUCUGCCUGUAUCCUGACUACGCCCAGAAGUUCAUCACUGAGAUCCAGCACGAUCUGACAUAUAACCUCCGGGAAGGACACACCAUGGAGGCUGACUGCGAGAGCAAUGGAGGAAUCAUGAAAAAGCUUCCCUCCAUCAAAGAAGACGAGGAAGCGUCAGGGUCCGAGGGGGAACACUCACCUAUCCCCAAGAUACCUCCCCUGAGCAGGCUGGGCCGAGGUCUGCGCUCUCCCCUGCGCUCCCCUCUGCGCUCUCCACUGCUGCCGCCAAGACCUUUCAGACCAGCGAGCACUCUCUCUCGGUCCCCCGGCCUGCAGAUCCCUGUGGUGAGCUUCAGCUGCCUGCAGCCAGAGCUCAGUCCUCGGUUCGUGGAUGGGAUCGAAACAGAAACCCAGAGUGGUUCAGCUCAGAAGUUUGACUUUCCUCCCAGUGCAACUUUACUAUCCAGCCCUGUUUCACCUACCUCAGGAGCCCAUGAUGAGGGUGACACCAUGCAGGCUGUUGCUAAGCUAAAGCAUGAGAUGAGCGUCCUCUCCCACCAGGUAACCGCUGUGAGUCAGGAGCUGCAAGAAAUGACACGCCUUCUCAAACCUCUCUUCCACAACCCCUCCAUGUUGCUGAUACCCAGCACCAUGACUCCGCCUCCCAGUGUCUCUUCAGACAGCUGCUCCCCAGCCCCGCCCCUUUUUACCCAACAUGCACCUGUGGACUGUUCAGAAGACGAACAUUCUCCAAGCGUCCUGGUACCUGAACCAUCCUCUCCUCAGCUGAAGGUGUUAGAAGGUCGCACUAGUAGAAAAGAAGUAGAGUUUGAUCCACUUCAGUGCUCCCGAACCUUUGCCUCCUAUAAUCCUUCAGCUCCCCAGCAGACCUCUCAUUGUUCAGCUCCUCCAUCACUCAAUAGCUCCCCCCAUGAGCACACCAUUAUACCACAUCCAUACUCAUCCUCUUCCAUCCUUUCUCUACCAUCAUCAAGCCGCAUCUCAUCUAUCACUCCACUUCUGGUAGACAUAUCGGGACCUGGUAGUGAGCCUCGGUCCCACCUCAUGCUCCAAUCCCAGUCCGAAUCCCAGCUCUCCUAUCAUCAGGUCCCCCCUUGCGACCAGCUCCAGUCCCAGCCCAUGUCACAUUCCCUUUCCCAACGUCACCUCCAGCCUCCUCUCCAGCCUUCCAGCAUGGCCCCACAUCCCCAGGAACCCCUCCUGGACCUGCACGAGGUGGAGUGGGGGGAGCACACGCCUCAGCUCAGCUACAUCGAUGAAGGACCAGUGUGA